CCUCGGGCCGAGCUGCGGGAACCCAGCCCGCGCGGCGCGCGCGGCCGGGGCGCGGACUUCGACGGGGCCGAGCGGCGAGUGCCAAGGGAGCCUGCGAGCCGCCCCCGAGGGCCCCGACGGGCCGGCACGCUGCUUGGGGCCUUUGGGCCAAGGACCCGAGUCCCCCUCCGCAGCGUCGCCAUGUCCUCCGUGUUCGGGAAACCCCGCGCGGGCAGCGGGCAGCAGAGCGCGCCCCUCGAGGUCAACCUGGCCAUCCUGGGGCGCCGCGGAGCGGGCAAGUCCGCCCUGACCGUGAAGUUUCUGACCAGAAGGUUUAUCAGUGAAUAUGACCCCAACUUGGAGGACACCUACAGCUCCGAGGAGACUGUGGACCAGCAGCCUGUGCACCUGAGGGUCAUGGACACUGCAGACCUGGACACCCCCAGGAACUGUGAGCGCUAUCUGAACUGGGCCCACGCCUUCCUGGUGGUUUACAGUGUUGACAGCCGCCAGAGCUUCGAGGCCAGCGGCAGCUACCUGGAGCUGCUGGCUCUGCACGCGAAGGAGACGCAGCGCAGCUACCCGGCUCUGCUGCUGGGCAACAAGCUGGACAUGGCCCAGUACAGGCAGGUCACCGAGGCAGAGGGCGCAGCCCUGGCGGGGAAGUUUGGGUGCCUGUUUUUCGAGGUCUCGGCCUGCCUGGACUUUGAGCACGUGCAGCACGUCUUCCAUGAGGCCGUGCGGGAGGCACGGCGGGAGCUGGAGAAGAACUCCCCGGCCCGGCCCCUCUUCAUCUCCGAGGAGAGGGCCCUGCCCCACCAGGCCCCGCUCACUGCCCGGCACGGGCUGGCCAGCUGCACCUUCAACACGCUUUCCACCGCCAGCCUGAAGGAGAUGCCCACCGUGGCCCAGGCCAAGCUGGUCACUGUGAAGUCAUCCCGGGCCCAGAGCAAGCGCAAGGCACCCACCCUGACCCUACUGAAGGGCUUCAAGAUCUUCUGAGGACCCCAGGCUCCGAGCCCGGCCGGGCUGCAGGAGGUGGCUGACCUCUUCCUCUGAUGGAACAAUAGCCGGCGCCCUCUGGUGGACAGCUGACCUCUGCGCCAGCACCAAGCGGUGUCCCCCGACACCCAGCUCAGUGUGUGAGCUGGAGGGAUGGGCAGGAAUGCUGCUCCUAUUCCCAGGGCCUUGGUUUCCAUGGUAACCACGACAUUCCCUGCCAUUGAAGGGAAACAGCCCCCUGGGACAACCCAGACACCUGGAGUCAGCCUUAAGCAGGAGGAAAUUGUGGUGUCCAUUGUAGUAUCACCCCUUCCUGCUCCAGCUCCAACCAAGCCGGAUGUGGCCCCUGGUGGACAGCUCUGGGUGGACGGCUCCAGGAGGCCCAGGAUACGUGUAGGCCUGAGGACAUCCUGCAGGAAGGACAGGCCGAGGCCCUCGAGCCACCUGGUGGAUGGAGGGCAGGGUGGGCGCAGGGUUUGGAGGGCCAGUCUGGUCCUCCCGUUGUCUCCUGAUCUCACAGAAGCCCCAGGCAACAAACCCCACAGUUUUCUAAACAACGUCUAGUGUGAACCCACGGGACAGCCUGUAAGAAGCCAAGUCGCAGGGGGGGCUGUUCCAGUGUGUGGCCUCGUAAGGAGGGUAGAGGGAGAGGCUGUGGGUGUCCAGUGAAGGGGACCUUAGGAUUGUUCACCAGAAGGCGGGGCCCCCUUAUUUUCCCACCUCAAGUGAAGGACUCAGCCCAUAGUCAGGACCAGCCUCCUUAGUCUAAUGAUCAAAGCUGCAGAGCAAAGGUACCCGCUCUAGUGACAAGGACUCGGGAUUCCAGGGAGCCCACGGCUGGCAGUAUCUGACAUCCAGGCACCACUAGCCUGUCCUGGGUCCAUAGGGGGAAACAGUUUACCAGUUUGUAGCCUGGUUCAGCAGGACCCAGGACCCUUCAUCAUGGGUCUGCGUGUCCAAAGUCUUCUUUUGUACGACAGAACCUAAAGCAUUUUUGGUUCUUAAAGCAAAUUUUUGCAUAAAUUAUUUGGGGUUGCCCCCACAGCUUAGACCACAACACUGGGGCUCAGACACAGAUCAGGACCCUCCCUUGGGGGUCCCAUGGUUAGCAAGAGAAGGGUCUCAGAGGUAGGGCGUCCCCUAGGUUCUAACUCUUUGUACCAUGGGACCCCUGGCCCAAAGGAAGUCUUUCAUGGACCCUCAGCCGAGAAGCAGAUAAAGGAGGGGCCCCUAGUGGGAGGAAGGGCUGGGAAGGGGAUUCUGAGCCAGAAUCCUGCUCCUUUCCCUGCCAGCAAUUCCAGGAGCGUGGAUGGGAAACAGCGGGUCUAACCCAGCCUUCAGCCCCGUUGAAUAGAGGUGAAGCCGAGGCCAGAGAGAGCUGGGACCUCCUCGGGACCACAUGAGGAGGCCCGGCCAGGCUUCCUGACCUGCAGGCUGGCUGUGCAUUUUGCACUUUGGCUCCCAGCCACGUACGUGGGGAUCACCACCAUUGGAACAGACUGUGCAAUCCCAACUGCCCAUAUUGAGAAGCAUUUUAAUAAAAAGGGGGUUUGUGGGUAUGUUU